AUGGCACGUGUACACUUGUUUACAACAUCGACGACACCUCAUCAUGAAAGACGUCGGCAGUCCCUCUCACCAGAACAUAGCAUCGCUGAUGAUGCCCCAUCUCCAUCGACAGAGAACAUUACCAUCGCUGCAAAUGCAACACCCACUCAGGAAGAUAUCAGCACAUUGGAUGCAGAUGCCGUAGCAGCAACAGCAGCAGCAGCAGCAGCAGUGGCCUCACCUUCCACUGUCAACAUGACUCAAGCAUCGAUCUCCACUCCCGCUUCUCCUCCUCAUGAACAGCAGCAACAUGAUCUAGCGUCCAGCACAGCUGCAUUGACAGCUGCUCUUCUACAAUCAGCUCAUGGCCAGGACGAUGUAUCGAGUGCUGUCGUUGCAGCCUUGUCAGGAAAACCUGAUUCAUAUUCCGGAUUAGCAUCUCCAGAACAGCCAUCGCAAGAGCAGCAUGAUGCUUCUCAAACACAAAAGGAACAGCAGCAACAGCAACAGCAGCAAACACAGCCUCAGUCAAAGACGGAAGAUGCCAUCGAACAAGCAACGGCAGCAGCAACUGCACUUCAAUUGUUGGGAUUAUCUCACUCUGAUAGCACAGCACAGCAAGCCAAAACCACACACCAGCAAUCACAGCAGCAACAUGUGGCCAGCACUAGCACCAACAAUGCGAAAGUGGAUGCCAAUAAUGUGAUGCUCAUUGCCAACUAUCCUGGCCUAAAUUCCAACAUUGAAGAGAUUGAUCUGAGUAGCGAUGACAUGAUUCAGGAUUACAAGCGAGGCACAUGGACGAGAGAAGAGGAUGAGUUAUUGCUGGCAGGCAUCAAAAAGUUUGGCUAUGGCAGAUGGAAGGAAAUUGCAACCAGCAUACCUGGACGCAAGGGCAAGCAGCUGAAGCAACGAUGGGAUAAUACGUUAGCUGCCAAGUACGUGGACCAAGAAUGGCUAAAGAACAAGAUACGAAGCGAAGAACAACUUCACCAACAACAGCAGCAAGCGGCGAGAGCACUCUCCAUGAUGGAUAUUGAUAAAUCAAAUCAUGGCAGUGCGUCGCCCAGUCAUGCAACGGCAUCAUCAGACGAUAAAGCGCUCAAAUUCUUGGAAGCCACAGAUUGGAAUGACAUUGCUUUGAAGAUUAGCGAAAAGGCUAGAGUAGGCGACCAGCAUGCUAUCGAGGCAUUGUUAUCUCAGGCUCUAUUAGGCACGGUGGCUAAUCAUGCGGCUGCAACUGCCACCUCCGCUACAACAGCUCCUACGACAGCGAAUGUCAGUAUAAAUGCCACCUCCUCUCCCGUUAUUGGCGGUGGCGAUGGUGGAAGCAGUACACCUAUGAACACCAGCACAGUGUCUUCCCCUGUUCAGCCAGCGCUCCAACAUCACCAGCAACAGCAGAACUUUGAUAACUUUGCAUUACAACACACCUCAAAUCCAGGAACGCCAUCCACAUCCGGUAAUAACAACAAUGACGGAUCUCUUGAUUUAAACAACUUCUCAAGGCCCUUAGACAACAAUCCACCGCCUCUCACUUUAGCUGAUGCCGCUGCUUUAGCAUUAUACGCAAAUCAAUUGUCUCAACAGUCAAAUGGCAAUGGAAACAGCUAUUUCAUGCCAUUUGGUAAUGCAUCCACCGCUAAUAACGAUAACUCUGUAGCUGCAGCGGCGGCGGUAGCAGCGGCAGCGGCAGUGGCGGCAGUUCAGCAGCAUCAGCAAUCCGAUUCUCAACACUCACAAGCUUAUAAUUCGUCAUCACCCAUCAAAGCAACGGCUUCCAACACAGCAUCUCCCUCAAUGUCAUCUGCAGUGGGAGCACCCACUUCUUCAUCAUCCGCAGCAGCAGCAGCGUCGUCUUCAAACGGCCACAAGAUGUCAACAGGAGGUAAAAGACGUCGUUCUGAUCCCGCACUAGCAGAUACACAGAGUGCAGCCAUGAGCAUCUAUGCAUCAGCAACACCCAUUACUACCACUAUCAACAACCAAACACAAACCGUAUUUCCAUGCCUGUUUCCUAAUUGCGGAAAAACCUUUGCCAGACUGUACAACCUUAAGAGUCAUUCAAGGACACACACAGACGACAGGCCUUUCGUAUGCCACGCUUGUACUGCUGCGUUCAGUCGAAACCAUGAUUUGAAGCGACAUUCCAAGAUCCAUGGAGGAGAUAAGCCCUACAGAUGCGAAGGAUGUCAAAAGAGUUUCUCGAGAUUGGACGCUUUGAAACGACACAAAAGUAAUCAAAGAAACAAACAAGGCUGCACUGGAAACUAA